GACUGGUGUGUGUGUAAGAGAGAGAGAGAGAGACUGGGUUUUUUCAUUCUGCUCUUUCCCUAUUCCCUUUCUUUUCAGCAGAGCAGAGCGGGACUGAGUGAGAGGAGGACAGAGGCGUGCACGGACCAGAGCUCAGCAACUCCACAAAGACAAGACAGGAGAAGAGUUUGCAAGGAGAAAACAAGAAAACUGCUGCUUUUAUUUAUUUCUUGUUUUCCCCUGUCAGACAAAGUGGGGUGGACGUCAAACCGACACCAACAGAAUAAAAGAAAUCCAGAAGAGCAAAAAGGAUUUGCUUUGGAAAAUAGAAUUAGAACAUCACUGUAGAUUUUUUUUUUUUUUCUCAAAAAUUUGCACAGUUUUUAAGGAACUUGCAAGGCUUAGUCUGACUCGAAAGGUGCACCAGGCAGAAUCGGGGUUUUGGAAGAUCAAGCAGGGGUCCUGGUGAUUAUGGCUUUUAGAAGGAACUGUUUUGGGGCAGCUGCUGGGCAGCCACUCUGCUUGAUGCUGGUGAUGCUUCCCACAUUGCUCAUGGGCAAUGCUGGUGCCUGUCCGGCACUGUGUACCUGCAGUGGCACCACAGUGGACUGCCACGGACUGGGUCUGAAAACCAUGCCAAGGAAUAUCCCACGCAACACCGAGAGACUAGAGCUGAAUGGGAAUAACCUCACACGUAUCACCAAGAGUGACUUUGCUGGACUCAAGUACCUCCGUGUUUUGCAACUGAUGGAGAACCAGAUUACUGUGGUUGAGCGGGGGGCUUUUGAUGACAUGAAGGAGGUGGAAAGACUGCGUCUGAACCGUAAUCAACUGCAACAGCUUCCUGAGCUGCUGUUUCAGAAGAACCCUGCCCUGUCUCGACUAGAUUUGAGUGAGAACUUCAUCCAGUCCAUCCCCAGAAAAGCAUUCAGAGGAGCCACAGACAUCAAGAACCUUCAGCUGGACAAAAACCACAUCAGCUGCAUUGAGGAUGGAGCCUUCAGAGCUUUGAGGGGUUUAGAGGUUCUAACGCUGAACAACAACAACAUCAGCAGCACCGUCUCCAGCUUCACCACAUGCCCAAGCUGCGAAACGUUCCGACUCCAUUCCAACAAUCUCAACUGUGACUGUCACCUGGCCUGGUUGGCUCAGUGGCUCAGACAGAGGCCUACCAUUGGUCUGUUCACCCAGUGCACCGCCCCUCCUGAGCUCAGAGGACUCAAUGUCGCAGAAGUACAGAAGCAUGAAUUUAGCUGCUCAGGUCACCAAGAGACCUCUAACCUGCAGCCAUGCAGCAUCGGGGGAGGUUCUUGUCCUGCUAUGUGCACCUGCAGUAACAACAUCGUGGACUGUCGAGGGAAAGGCCUCACUGCCAUUCCAGCUAACCUGCCGGACAGCAUGGCCGAAAUACGUCUGGAGCAGAAUGGCAUUAAGUCGGUUCCUCCCGGAGCUUUCUCUCCCUACAAGAAACUGCGUAGGAUAGACCUGAGCAACAACCAGAUCUCUGAGAUCGCUCCCGAUGCCUUCCAGGGUCUGCGUUCCCUCAACUCCCUAGUGCUGUAUGGAAAUAAGAUCACAGAUCUGCCCAAAGGGGUUGAUGGCCUCUACGCCCUCCAACUGCUGUUGUUGAAUGCCAAUAAGAUUCACUGCGUUCGUGCAAACGCCUUCCAGGACCUGCAGAAUCUCUCGCUGCUAUCGCUGUACGACAAUAAGAUCCAGACCCUCGCCAAGGGCACCUUCACUUCACUGAGAGCUAUACAGACCCUUCACCUGGCCCAAAACCCAUUCAUUUGUGACUGUAAUCUGAAGUGGCUGGCAGACUACCUGCGUUCCAAUCCCAUAGAGACCAGCGGUGCCCGCUGUGCCAGCCCUCGCAGACUGGCAAACAAACGCAUAGGACAAAUCAAGAGCAAGAAAUUCCGCUGCUCUGCCAAAGAGCAGUACUUCAUCCCAGGCACUGAGGACAGCCGUCUGAAUAAUGCAUGCAACACUGAUCCAGUGUGUCCUCCCAAGUGUCGCUGUGAGUCCAAUGUAGUGGACUGCUCCAAUCUGAAGCUCACCAAGGUCCCUGAACACAUCCCAGCAUCCACCACUGAGCUUCGCCUCAACAACAAUGAGAUCACCACUCUUGAAGCAACUGGAGUUUUCAAGAACCUUUCCCAGCUGAAGAAGAUUAAUCUCAGCAACAACAAGAUCACAGAGAUUGAGGACGGUGCUUUUGAAGGCGCAACAGCUGUUGUUGAACUUCACCUUACUGCCAAUCAGGUUGACUCAGUGAGAAGUGAGAUGUUCCGUGGUCUAGAAGGGCUACGCAUGCUGAUGCUGAGAAACAACAAGAUCAGCUGUGUCCACAAUGACAGUUUCACCGGACUACACAAUGUCCGUCUGCUGUCUCUCUAUGACAACCAACUGACAACCAUCACUCCCGGAGCCUUUGACACUCUGCAGACACUCUCCACCCUUAACCUACUGGCCAACUCCUUCAAUUGUGACUGCCACCUGGCCUGGCUUGGAGAUUGGCUGAGGAGUAGGAAGAUUGUGACAGGUAACCCUCGCUGCCAGAGGCCUGCCUUCCUGAAGGAGAUCCCUCUGCAGGAUGUAGCUCUCCCUGACUUCCGAUGUGAAGAGGGCCAAGAGAUAUCCAGUUGUGUGCCCAGACCACAGUGCCCCAGUGAGUGCACCUGUUUGGAGACCGUGGUGCGCUGCAGUAAUAAGCACCUCCGCACACUACCCAAAGGCAUACCACGAAAUGUUACUGAACUGUAUCUAGAUGGAAACCAGUUCAGUAUUGUCCCAAAAGAAUUGUCAUCCUUCAAAUACCUUCAGUUGGUAGACCUAAGCAACAACAAAAUCAACUCUCUGACCAACUCGUCUUUCGCCAACAUGAGCCAGCUCACCACUUUAAUCCUGAGUUACAACUCCCUACGUUGUAUCCCUAAAAUGGCCUUCAGUGGACUGCACUCGCUCCGACUGCUAUCUCUACAUGGCAAUGAAAUCUCGGAGCUUCCGGAUGGCAUCUUCAGUGACGUGGCUUCGCUUUCUCACUUGGCGAUUGGUGCCAACCCGCUUUACUGUGACUGUCAGCUGCGCUGGCUGUCUGAUUGGGUGAAGACUGGUUACAAAGAACCCGGCAUUGCCCGUUGUGCUGGACCACCUGGAAUGGAAGGCAAGCUGCUGCUCACCACACCAGCCAAGAAGUUUGAAUGUCAAGGUGAGGUGGACACUGCCGUGCUGGCCAAGUGUAACCCCUGCCUGUCUAGUCCUUGUCUGAACCAAGGCAUCUGUCACAGUGACCUGGUGGAGAUCUACAGGUGCAGCUGUCCUCCAGGGUUCAAGGGCAAAAAUUGUGAGACACUCCUGAAUGCCUGCGUGAGCAACCCGUGUGCCAACGGAGGAAUCUGCAAAUUGAAUGAGGAGGGAGCGUACAGUUGCACAUGUCGUCUUGGAUUUGAGGAUCCCAAUUGCAAAACCAACACUGACGACUGUGAAGACCACGACUGUGAGAACGGAGCAACCUGCGUUGACGGACUCAACAACUACACUUGUUUUUGUCCCCCCUACUACACAGGGGACAUGUGUGAAGAAAUGGAAGACAUGUGCGCCCCAGGACGGAGCCCCUGCAAACAUCAGUCUACAUGCCUCAUCACCUCCAAUGGUCCAAAGUGUGUGUGCACUCCUGGUUUUGUUGGUGAUGACUGCAGUGUAGACUAUAAUGACUGCGAAGAGCAUCGCUGUCAGAAUAGCGCUCAGUGUGUGGACGAGCUGAACGGAUACUUCUGCAUCUGUCCUGAAGGAUACAGUGGUCAGUUGUGUGAAGUGGUUCCUUCUCUGGUGUCCCUUUGUGAACUGGCAGACUGCCAGAAUAACGCCCCCUGCGUGGAGCGAGGCGGGCGUGCCCUGUGCCAGUGUCCUCCGGAGUUUGGAGGGCCACGAUGUGAGAAACUGGUCAGCGUAAAUUUCAUCGACAGAGACUCCUACCUGCUGCUCUCCGAUCUGAAAAACUGGCCCCAAGCUAACAUCACCCUGCAGGUGUCAACAGCUGAGGAUAAUGGCAUCCUUUUGUAUAACGGUGAUAAUGACCAUAUUGCUGUGGAGCUCUACCAAGGACACGUGAAGGUCAGCUACGACCCCGGCAGCCAGCCAGGACACGCCAUCUACAGCACUGAGACCAUCAACGAUGGCCAGUUCCACACCGUGGAGCUGGUGACCUUUGACCAGAUGGUGAACCUGUCCAUCGACGGGGGGCUCCCUACCACAAUGGACAGCUUUGGGGCAGUGCGGCCUCUCAACGGGGAGGCUCCACUAUAUGUGGGGGGCAUGCCAGUGGACAAGCACUCUGGUACUUUCCGUCUCUGGCAGAUUCAGAAUGGUUCCAGUUUUCACGGCUGCAUCCAGAACCUGUACAUCAAUAAUGAGCUCCAGGAUUUUACCAAGACCCAGAUGAAGCCCGGAGUGGUACCAGGCUGUGAGCCGUGCAAGAAGAUUUACUGUGUGCAUGGUAUCUGCCAGCCUGAUGGAGUCCCGGGACCCGUGUGCCACUGCCAGCCAGGCUGGAGUGGGCCCCAGUGUGAUCAACCAGGGUCAAAUCCUUGUCAAGGCAGCAAGUGUGUCCAUGGAACAUGCAUCCCACUGGACUCUCAGUCGUACAGAUGCGAGUGUGUGGAAGGAUAUCGUGGCGCCCUGUGUAACCAACAGGGGGAGCUUUUCAACCCCUGCCGCAGCCUGGCUUGCAAACAUGGCCGCUGUCAGAUUUCCGAUUCAGGAGAUGCUUUCUGUCGUUGUGAAAGUGGCUACACUGGGGAACUGUGUGACACAGAGUCCGAGUGCCAAGGAAAGCCUGUGCGAGACUUUUACCAGGUCCAACGUGGCUACGCAAUCUGCCAGACAACGCGCAUGGUCUCCUGGGAAGAGUGCAGCGGCACCUGUGACACAGGAGCCUGCUGCGCCAGCCAGCGGAUGAAACGCCGGAAAUACACGUUUGAAUGCAGCGAUGGGACCUCGUUCACUGAGGAAGUGGAAAAAAACAUCAAGUGUGGCUGUGUGGGUUGCAUGUAGCACUGCUCUGUCACACGUUGCGCUGCUGCCGGCAAACACAAGAUGGAAAGAAGGAAGGAAGAAAGAAAGAGAGGACUGGAGGGAAAGAAAGAGAGAUUAUAAAGAAUAUAUAUAAAACCUCUAUCUAUAUUUUAUGGACAACAAUGUUUGUAAAAUAGGACAUUUCCUCCCCUUCCGAGGGUAGAAUAACAGAGAAACCAACAUCAAGAGCAACAAUAUGGAAGUGACACCAACAGUGACAAAACCAUUUGCAACAUUGGUCCAAAGGGGUCCAGAGAUCUUUGAAAGUGUUGCAGUGAGAGCGAGGCAUCCCUCCAAAUUACCCAGUGUGAAUUCUCCAUUCGUCUUUGAGGCUGAGCCACCAUCUACCAUCUUUACUGUGUGGAGGCAGCCUGGCAAGGAACGACAGGAGGACCAGUCGGUAAAGACAGAGAGAAAGGCAGAGAGAGAGAGAGAGAGAGAGAAAUCGUGGGACAGGUGGAUAAGACAAGAGCUGGAACAUUUGACUUGGCAAAGCUAUCUUGAGUUGAGCUUGGCUGGGUUUCCUGUAUACGGUUUGGGUAAUGUGCUGAUUUGGUGUAGUCAUUUCUCUGGUAGGAUAUGGUCAUCCAUCCAUAUAUGCACAUAUAGAAGUGAGGAAUGAAAGGUUAGCAUGGUGCCAUUGUCACCAGGGGGUAUAAAGUCACAGUUUGGUGGCUUAGUUACCGUACAUUAAAUAAUAAUAAAAAAAUGGCUAAAAAAUAGAGACUGCACUGUCUAGCAGCACUGAAAACUCCAGUCAUACACCUCUCAUGGUCACACGUGCACGGCAUUAACACAAUCAGCAGCAACAAGAAGACUUGUUUGGUCUAAAUAUCAACUGCUCAUUGAGCAAAAUUGAUCCGGUGCUUCCGAGCAUGCAUUGCCUCGGGAUCAGUGUGCACAGUUUGUGCAUGAGGCCGCUCAGCCCUGCUUCUCUUCAUGCCUGCAGUAUUUAACUCAUGCAAAUGAUUGUGCCGAUAAAUAUGUAGAGCUUCUUAACAUUAUAAAGAGGACAACACAAAAUGUUGCAGAAUAACUUUUUGAUUUUAUGUCCAAGUUCUCAGUUUUUAUUAUGUUUUAGGGUGUAACGUAACUCCAUUAGCCCUCCAACCCUCCCCAUCCACACUUCAUAUAGAAACAGCGAACAGAUUCUAAUAUAUAUAUAUAUAUAUAUAUAUAUAUAUAUAUAUAUUUGUAUUUCAUUUUGGUAUAGUAUUUUUCUAUGUUUAAAGAGUAUGUCUUUCUGGAAGCUUUGGGACUUGUGGAAUUGCCUUCACUUUGUUUUUAUUUGGUCAUCACUUUCUUUCUCUUUCGCUCUCACUCCAACCAGCUAAUUAUUACAUAAUUGGCCAAAAAGGAAACAGCUGCUUGGUGUUGCUGUACAGGAGGCAGUAUUGCUCGGGAAAUGUUUAUUAUUGUAUAUGUUGUCUUCCAUGUGAAUAUUACAUCCAAUUCAUGAGUCUGUACUUAUGUUCUUUUAUUUAUUUUCUCUAAAGGCCUUUUUUCCCCUGUAGAAAGCAAAAGACAAAAGAAGACAGAAGAAAAAGCCAAAUGCUUAAAAACAAAAGCAUUUAAAGUAUUAUGAAUGGCAUUUUACACAUUUAUAUAGCAGCCAAUAACUAUUUUGUAUGUAAAUAUUUAGUGGCUUUUUGGUGUCCUGUGCAAAGAAUGAAGCAACACUCCCUCUGUGCUCUGAGCUUUACUAUACAGUUCAUGUUUUCCGUCUGGUCUCAUGUACAUUUUAGUACAUUUUACAUUUAGUGCAUGAGAUUCCCGCAUGCGCACAUUUAGCAUAUGCAAGUCUCACCCUGUGAAACCGUUACCCCUCCCCCAUUUGCAAAGAGACAACAAGACUCGCUACUCGCUGUAAAGUUAUUGAAUUUUUUCCAAGAUGGUAACUGGCUAUGAGUUUCCAGAAACACAUCCAAAAAUCACUGUCAUUCAGUUUGAGGAGGAGUGGCCGAGGAGGGAAGCUUUCAUUACAUUAUGAAGUCUGACGCAGGCAACAUCUAAUGGUGGGGGGAACAUUCAUAGCACAUUUAAAAAUUACACAGCAGUGUUUCCUCAUCUUUGGCUCAUAUCAUGUUUGCUGCAGAAAGAGAUGCCCCCCGUCCCUUUAUUUUCAGUUUACCAUGUAAUUACCAUUUAAAGACAUCUGAUUGUGUUCAAGUUUGUUUUGUUGUAUAUCUGUUUUAAUUUGAAAACUGUUUGCCAUGGGGAGAAAUAUGUUGAGAGAAUAAAUGUAGUCAAGCUCAACUUGAUCAUAAGCUGCCGUCUAGCCUGAAGAAAUAGGAUGAUGUCGCCUCUGUGGACAAUGAUCAUGUUACGGUGUAAUCGUCCUGUCUGAAUAUAUGCCGAUGUGCUGCUGACAGAUACGACGCAAGAAAGGACUGGACGUUGACAUAUCUGUCAGUUGUGACCGACUAUCCACACAUAAAUACAUGAAAAAAGAAACAGAUAGUGAACAGUCACACCUGAAUGUACAAAUGUGUACAGAUAAAUAUGAGCUAUACGUAUUAUUGAUGUGGUAACUUUUAGCUGUAAUUUAGUUUCCAAUGUAACAUAGAAAUUGCAUUUUGUUUUUUAAGUGGCAGUUCAUCAGGAUGGCUUAAGACAUUUUUCUCUCUG